AUGGCCUCAUCCUCGGCAUGGAAAUCGGGGCUCUCGUCGGUAGAUCGAUAUGAGAUUAUAUCGAAAAUCUCAGAAUCGCUCCCCUCGCGGGACAUGAGUGAGGCCAUCGCCAUUGAACAAGCCGCAUACGACAACUCAUCUUCACGGGAAGAAUACGAUUCUGCUUGUCAACCCAAAGCAACCACCUCUUCUCCUCCGCCCUCACACUCACCCACAUUCUCUCCAGCUCUCACCGAGUCAAGCUCCGGCAUCCGCAUCGGCUCAUACCUCAACUGCACGCCCAUAUCAGAAGGCAUCACCUCCGAAGUCUUUCGCUCCCAAUCCGGAGACAAGGCCCUCAAAGUCAUCGUCGCCCACCAAAACCUCGAGCCGCACAAUCCCCUCCGCGAGAUCAAGAUCCUGCAGACGCUCAACCCACCAUGCAUCCCUCUACUCGAGACAUUCCGGGACCAAGAGCAGCGCCUUGUGCUCACUUUCCCUUACAUGCCGCUCACGCUCGCAGACCUGCUUGAUAAAGGCAGCAGCAGCAGCAACUCAGCCUUAGAAAAGGCCCAGAUUCGCUCCAUCUUCACCGACGCCCUCAACGCCCUCCAGGCAAUCCACAAGCAGGGCAUCAUCCACCGCGACAUCAAGCCCUCCGCCAUCCUCCUCUCAUCCCCCUCCGGCCCUGCAUACCUAUCCGACUUCGGCACUGCCUGGCACCCCGAGUUCUCCUCCCUCUCAGAGCCACCAACCGCCAAAAUCCUCGACAUCGGCACCGGCCCUUACCGCGCCCCCGAGGUGCUCUUCGGCAACAAGUCCUACUCCGCCGCCGUCGACAUGUGGGCGCUGGGCGCCAUGCUCGCAGAGGCCGUCCGCUCCCCUCCAGCGCCGCUGUUCGACUCGCGCCCCGUCCACGAGGACGGCAACCAGCUGGGCCUGAUUCUGAGCAUCUUCAAGACGCUGGGCACGCCCACGCCCGAGACAUGGCCUGAGGCAAAGGAGUUUCGAGUCACGCCCUUUGAGCUAUGGACCGUGUUCCCACCCAGGGAAUGGGACGUGAUUUUACCGCAUGUCGAUGCAGGGUUCAGAGACGCCGUAGCGAGAUUAGUUCGCUACGAUGGGAGCAGGGCCUCGGCCGAGGAGGUAUGUCGUGUCUGA